AUGGAGUACCAUCACCACCAUGAAGAGCACCCGAGACAUCUUGCAAGGAGUCACGCGCAUGAAGGCGACAUCCCCGGGACGGUAUACAUGAAAGCCGAGGAGGGCGAUGACACGAAGGGGUCGUACGGGCAGGCUUUGUUCCCUGUACCUGCUGAAGAUCCCAACGAUCCUCUCCAAUGGCCUAACUACAAGAAAACGAUGAUUCUUAUCAUCUGCUCUCUCUACUCCUUCCUGGGAAACAGCGCCUUGCUCGGCCCAUCAGUCUACAUCGGCAUCUACGCUGAGGAGUUCGGUGUGGACCCGAACACUGCAAGCGGUCUGAUUUCCUAUCCCAACCUGGUGUACGGGUUUGGAAGCUUGAUCUUGGUACCGUUGUAUCUGAAGAUCGGGAGAAGACCAGUCAUGCUGAUCUCUUUGAUUUUCUUCCUUGUCGGUCUCAUCGCGAGUUCACAAUGUACAACCUUCUCCGGUCUGAUGGCCUCGCGGAUUAUCCACGCUUUUGGUUCGGGUGUAUGCGAAGCCCUUCCCGUACAACUGGUCAACGACAUCUUCUUCCUCCACGAACGCGGCAAGAGAAUCGGCUACUACACCAUUUGCCUCUGCCUGGGCUCAACAGGACCUCUAUAUGCAGGGUAUAUGCUUACAGGCGGAUUUUCCUGGCGGCUCUACUUCUACGUCGAGAUCGCAUUCGCUGGCGCUCUGUUCAUCCUCGCCUUCCUUUUCGUAGAAGAGACCGCAUACAAACGUGUUUCCUCCAACCCAGGCACCUUCCAUCCUUCUACGACCGUGCAGCCUGCCGGCCCCUCUGGCAGCACAGGCUCCUUCAACGAGCCUUCGGCGGAAAAGAUCAUCCCAUCCGCAGAGCAGAUCGAGUACGCCACCCCCAAUAUCCCCGAGCGGAAGAGCUUUCUUCAGACUCUCAAGCCCUGGAGCUCGAUCGAUCACGAGGCACCGUUCUUUAUGACCAUGCUCAGGCCGUUUACGUACUACCUCGUUCCGGCAGUGCUGUGGGUAGUGACCACUUAUGGAAUCUAUAUUGGCUUGGGCGCGCUUGCGUUCAACUAUACAUUCCCGCUGAAGAUCACCGCGCCACCCUAUAACUGGAGCCAGACAAACGCAGGCCUGAUCGCAGUUGCCUCGUUAAUUGGCUACCUCCUCGCAGCCCCCUUCACUUUCUCGUCCGACCGUGUCGCUGCCUACUUCACGCGCAAGAACGAUGGCGUGCGCGAAGCCGAGAUGCGGCUCUCCGUCAUGCUCCCCGCGAUGCUUAUUGCCCCUGCCGGUCUGGUGGUGUACGGACUCACAGCGGAAAAGAACCUACACUGGAUCGGGUACUUUAUAGGCGUAGCGAUGGAUCAAUGGGGCUCAUACUUCUACUUCUCGUUCACCCUCGCCUAUGCCAUCGACUCCUAUUACGCCAAUACAAGCGAGAUGCUGAUCGCCAUGAAUCUUGGCAAGCAAGCAAUCUCCUUCGGCAUGGGUAUCUACCUCCUCAACUGGAUCCUUGAGCACGGUUAUGCAGUCAUGAUCGCGGGCGUGUUCAUGGCCAUCCUGCUCGCGAACAACCUCUGCUUGCUCAUAUUCAUGUUCUGGGGCAAGCGUAUCCGUACUUGGACAUCAAAGACGUGGCUCGCUGGGAUGCACAAGGCGACCAUCACCCAGGUCAUGACGCAUUAA